CACCAAAACAAUCAUUAAUCAUCAUCAUAUCUUCUCAUCUCAUUCUCAUACAUCAAUAUCACUCUAUAAAAUAUAAACAUAUAUAUACAUAUUCUGAAAACCAUAUUAGCUAUAGUACACUACUGUGUUACUUCUUAGAAUUAUGGGGUCUUUUACAUACUCAGUUAUUGCUUUGCUGUUGAUCAUGAUCAUGAGUAGCUCAUCAUGCACAGCUCAACUCUCUUCCACAUUUUACGACGCUACUUGCCCAAAUGCUCUCUCCACCAUUCGAACUUCCAUCCGAACAGCCAUUUCUAAAGAGCGCCGCAUGGCAGCUUCUCUCAUCCGCCUUCAUUUUCAUGAUUGCUUUGUUCAGGGAUGUGAUGCAUCACUUUUACUAGAAGAUUCAGACUCAAUAGUGAGUGAAAAGAGUGCUCUCCAAAACUUUGGGUCGAUUAGAGGUGAAAAUGUGAUAGAAAAUGCAAAAUCCAAAGUGGAAAGCAUUUGUCCCGGAGUUGUUUCUUGUGCCGAUAUUCUAGCCGUUGCAGCGCGAGAUGCGUCGGCUGCUGUGGGUGGGCCAUCUUGGACCGUCAUGCUUGGUAGAAGAGAUUCUACCACAGCAAGCAAAUCCGAAGCUGAGAGCGAUCUUCCUCUUUUCACAGCUACACUCAAGGAAUUGAUCGAUUUGUUUGGCCGCAAAGGUCUUAAUGCCAGAGACGUGGUUGCCCUAUCAGGCUCCCAUACAAUUGGACAAGCCCAGUGUGGCCUAUUUCGUUCAAGAAUUUACAACAUGACUAAUAUUGAUGCUAAUUUUGCUAGAACUCGCCAACGUCGGUGUCCUUCUUCUAGCUCGUCUCAAGAUGAUUCUACUCUUGCCCCACUUGAUUUGGUGACUCCUAAUUCCUUUGAUAACAAUUACUUUAAGAAUUUGAUUCAGAAGAAGGGUCUUCUUGAAUCUGACCAAAUUUUAUUCAGUGGAGACUCAACCGACGCCAUUGUCACGGAAUACAGCAAGAGUCCUUCCAAAUUCAGCUCUGAUUUCGCUUCUGCCAUGAUUAAAAUGGGAGACAUUAAACCUCUUACCGGUUCUGCUGGGGUCAUUAGGAAAAUUUGUAGCAGUACUAUUCUCAACUAAAUUACAUGCCUACUUUUAUUCUAUUUAUGUUAAUUGUAAUUAAACAAAAAAAAUUGUUAUUCUUUUUAUGUA